AUGGGUAUACAUAAGAAAAAUUUGUCAUCUAUUAUAUUUACUGAUUUAAACGCAUGUCGCGAUCAAGAAACACAUAGUAUACAAACACAAAUCAUUCGACAGCGUGCUCGACAAUAUAGUGAACCAAGUUCAAGACGAGGAAGUAUUGGAUAUUAUACACGUAAAUAUUCUCAAACACCUGACAAUCGUUUUGACGAACAUAUAAAUAAUUCAUCAUCUACAAAACGAUUUAGUGUUCCUACUUGUAAUCAUUUAUCGAAACCAACAGCUAAUACUAUUUUAUCAUCUUUACCAGUAGAAUCAUUAGCAACAGCAACACCGCCAACAACAACUACUACUACACAUCAUCAUCAUGUCACAUCUUCUUGCAAGCCAUCAAAUAAUAUUAAUAAUUCAUACGUAUCUAUUGCUAUAAAACCAUUUGUACGCAAGUCUUGUUCUACUAUUGGAAUAAAUAAACUACCUGUUAUUAUUUAUGUGUCCUUUUCUUCUUUAACAAUUCUUUCUAUUCAUUGUCAAUCACGUCGUUUGAUCCUCUGCACGGUUCCACCACAUAUAUUAUGUCGUCCAAAUACAGUUCGUUAUUCACUUGUUUUUAACGUGCAUGAUCAACGACAACGACGACAUACAACAUCAAAUAGGUAUAUCAAAGUGUCGUCACCAACACUUCGUAAAUUUUGUUUACCUUGUAUAAAUACACGAAAUCAUCAUCAUCCUCAUCCUCAUCCUCAUCCUAAUCGUCAACAAUCAACUAAAAAUAAAACAUUAAAAAAUAAUCAACAACAAAUUAUUACUACUCCUGCUGCUACUAUUACAUCUGAGAGGAAUAUCGUCGAAUCAUCUCAUCGAUUCGAAGAAGUGGCUCCAAGGACAAAUCAUACGAUAUCAACAAUACCGGUGGUCCACAGUAGUGAAUAUUUACAAGAAAACGAUGCUAAUCAUUUUCAUGAGCAACAUCAGAAUUUUGAGCCUUCUCUUCAGAAUAAAAACCUAGAAAAAAAAGAUGAUGAGAUAUCAGUGGAAGCGGAAAUAACACCGACUAAAGUGGUUUCAGAAUCCAUAUUACUAACAUCAUCAUCGCUUGGAAAUGAAAUAACGAGAUCAAACGAAAAUGAUAUGUGUGAUGAUCAAACGCCACUGUUAACAUCGGAACUUGCUUCUACUAUUAAGGAUUCAACGGACCGUAAUACUCGUAAAUAUUCGCUCAAUGCUCUUUUACCCCUCGUACGUUCUCCAAAUUCACAUCCGCUUUCUUCCUCAUCGACAGUUACAACUGCCGUUGGCAGUAAAAGUGCCGGUGAUGAUAAUAAAACUCGUAAUCGUGUCGAUUUGAAAUCUCGUCGUCGAAUUUCACUAUCAUCGGCGCUUCGUCGUAGUUCAUUUAGUAAACAAUCACAAACAGUUAAUCCAAUAAUUGAUUCAACGAAUCAAAAUAAAAUAACAAUAACGUCACCUAAUAUUUCUCUUCCAAUUCAUAAUAAUAAUAAUAAUAAUAAUAAUAAUAACAAUAACAAUCAAUCAAGUACAGCUGAUUCAGAUAGUAGUGAUCGAACAUCAUUAUUAAAAGCUAAAAUAUUGAUUUCAAAAAAUCAAUUAAAGAAAAAGUCUUCAAGUAUAACGCCAAUAAAAUCAUCUUCAAUUUCAUCCUAUCGGAAAGAUUUCAUGCAAAAAAUUGAACGUUUUCGCUUCAUUGAUGACAGUGCUUCGAGCACAACAACAGUGACGUCACCUGUGGAAAGUAUUGAUCGUCUAAAUGGUCAUCAGCCAUGUAGUCAUCUAAUAGCGAGUGCUAUUGAACAAUUUGAUGAUUAUGUUCGUUCAAAAUACAACAACAAUGAUGAAAUUAAUUCAUAUAUCGAUCAUCUAGAUUCUGAUCUAUUAAAAUAUGGUACUGAUUCAGAUUUGAAUAUACUCAAUAGUAUCAAUAAUAAUAUAACUCAACAAAGUUCACAAAUAAUUCAACAACAAACAGUAUUUAAACCGGUGAAAAAUAUAUCAUCUGAAUUAGAAACAGGUGACUAUCGUCAAAUAAUACGUAAUUCAGCACCUAUUACAAUUCCAUCUCAACAUUCAAAAUAUAAUUAUCCAUCAGAUAAUUCUAUUGCACGACCAACAACUAUAAUAACAAAUGGACAUUCACAUUCAAAAGAUUUUCAAUCAACUAAUAAUAAUAGACACGAACUUCUUCGACCUAUUACUCUUACUAACCCUGGAACUAUUUAUGAAACAUCAUCAUCUAUUGCUACUCUAACAUCAGCACGCACUUUCAAUAGUCUUGAAUUUGAUGAUGAUACUAAACCAUCCGGUGUUCUUGUUGAUGAUGAUUUUCUUCCAAUGUCAUCACCAGUUGAUGAUCACUUUUGGGAUGUCACAAUACCAAAAUAUCGUCAUAAAUUCAAUAAUAACAAUAAUAAUAAAAAAGAAUGUUUUCCAAAUGUUGGUUCAUCACCUGAUACUGAAAUCAAACAUUUUGAUGUACAACAAAGAAAUAAAUUAUCAUCAUCUAUUGAUCAAACAUUAUCUGAAACAUCAUGUGAUGAAGAUGAUGAUAAUAAUAAUAAUGUAUUAUUAAAUCAAAAAAAAUUUUCUAUACAUGAAUAUAAACUAAAAGAAUUACAAAAACCAAUUGUUAUACAUCGAUCAUUAUUAAAUCCGUCCAUUCAUUCAACGGAACAAAUCAAUCAUAAUAAUGAUCUUAUUUCAAUACCAAUUAAAAAACUUUCUCUUGAUCAUACAAAUGAUGAAUCAUUAUUAGAAAAAUUUGCUUCGGCAAGUAAUGAACCAAUACAAAUUCCAGUACGUUCUCCACCUUUACGUACAUCGACAACAAACGAUGUUAUCUUAUCAACACAACAACAACAUCCUCAAACCAUAUAUGAAGAAGAUGAUACACAAGAAAGUUCAACAAAUGAUGUAUCAGAUGAAAGUGCUGAUAAUGGCGAAAUUGAUCUUGUACGUGAAUUUGAACUAUCACAAAAACAAGAACUAACAAAUAAUAAUAAUUUAUGGAGUACAAAUGAUCGUGAUAUAUUUAUAUUACAAGAAGAUGAUCUUUUAUCAGCACUUGUUACAACACAACCGCAACCAAUAAAUCGACCAUUACCACCAUCAAUUAUGAAAAUUACACAUAAUAAAUCAAUUGAUAGUAUUGAUGAACAACAAACAACAACAACGAAUUCUCUUAAGCCUAAAGUACGGUUUAAUCUCGAUCCACAAUAUGAACGAGAACGUGAAUGGAAUAAAGUCAAUAAAUUACUUGGAAAUAGUGUUGAAUGGACUGAUGAAUUUGAAGUGUAA